GCAGUGCCUUAAAAAAUCCCAAGAAUCAUUAUUUAUCUAUGGUUUUUUGGGAGAGGGUGUCACGAAAACUAUUCCCAAGAUUCCAUGGAGAGUGAGUAGUGGGAGAAUACAGUGGAUCUGAACUUCAUCUCGUUUAGCUCUGCCAGUCUCAAAAAUUCAUGGUUCCAAGGCUUUAAUAUUCCCUGCAUUCUCUGCUUUGCUCUUCAGCUUGUAAAUGGCCAGCUUCUCUUCAAGUUAGUUAUGGUGCACUACUCUUGUUUCCCUUCUUCUCUUUUAGUACUUAAAACUCAUUUUGCCAAAUCUUGAAUGAAGUCACUUGUUUGUCUAAACUUUAAGUUAUGCAUUUAGUACACUGUUUAACUUAGAAUAAGAUUUAAGUGCUGCUUCUUGUGUUUUCUUCUCAAGAAAAGAGUGAAUAGAGCCAUUUUCAGACUAAACAUCAGGUUUCUCAUUGUUCCUAGAACUUUAUUUUUUUGUUUUAAUUGAGUCUCAAGCUGAAGUUUCUCCUUUAUUCUCUUGUCCUGGUAUAUCUAAAAGCUGAACUUUAGCACAAAUCUUAGCCAGAUCUGCCUUUUAAAUCCACUAGGCAAAAGAAAUCAAGAAAGGGUGGAUUUUAUUGAGUUUGGGACUCUAAUACAAGCAACCACAAGAAGUUAUAGUAAACUGUCACUGAUAUAGAAGAGUGAAAAAUGAGAUCCAUAGAGGAUAAAGGAUGCUUGAAUUAUGGACAAAAACAAGAGGGUGUAGGAGGAAGCAGUAUGAAUUUUGAGUUUCAUAAAGGGACCGGAAUGAAUCGAGCAUCGACUCACCAUAGAACAGCAGCCUCAGGUAAACCAACCCCAUCAAAAUGGGAUGAUGCACAAAAAUGGUUAGUGAAUCUUUCAAGAGGUGGAGGAGGAGAAAAACACCACCAAUCUAAAACCGCCCCUCGAAACUCAAAUGCUGAUGACUUAAGGUUGAUUGCACCAGUGCCAAAGAAAGAGGACUAUUCGAGUGGCGAUGAGGGAGACACUAGUAUGAUUCAAUUUGAAGUGGAAACGAAGAAAGUUGAUUGUGAUGAAUCAAUAUGGAGAAUCAAUAAGGCUUCUAAUAACAACAACUCUGCAUCAUCCGUUGUUCGAUCGAUAUGUGUUAGGGAUAUGGGAACAGAAAUGACCCCAAUUGCAAGUCAAGAACCAUCAAGAACAGCCACACCAAUUAGAGCCACAACUCCAGCAGCAAGAAGUCCAAUAUCUUCAGGAUCUUCUACUCCUAUUAGGGGCCGAAAUGGGCUAGAAAAUGGUCAAAUUAUUGCCACCAUCGGUGAGAACAGGGGAAAUGUAGGGACCACACAAAUCGUUCGCGAUGUAGAGGAAACUACUGACAAUGAAUUAGCAGCUAAGAAGGAAACAGACCAUGCCAACAAGCUUAAUCCACUGGAGACUCGCGCAAUGGCUUGGGAUGAGGCUGAACGUGCUAAGUACAUGGCAAGGUAUAAGCGCGAAGAGGUGAAAAUACAAGCUUGGGAAAAUCAUGAAAAGAGGAAAGCUGAAAUGGAAAUGAAAAGAAUGGAGGUGAAGGCAGAAAGAAUAAAAGCAAGGGCACAAGAGAAGUACACAAACAAAUUGGCAGCAGCAAGGAGAAUAGCCGAAGAAAAAAGAGCCAAUGCUGAAGCAAAGCUGAAUGAAAAAGCUGUAAAGACAUCUGAAAAGGCAGAUUACAUAAGGAGGACUGGUCAUCUUCCCUCUUCUUUCUCUUUCAAGUUACCUUCUUCUUUCUGCUGGUAGUACUAGCCCCUAGAUCUGCUCCCUUGUGUACCUAUCACUACUAUAUUUAUAUUUACGAAGUAGUAGUAGUAGCAGUAACAACUUUGUUCCUUUCAUUUCUUCAGGGUUCAAUCAUAUGCUAAUGUUGAAAAA